CCAACCAACCAACAACAAAAAAAAAAAAAAAAAUCAAAAUCAAACAAAUACAUCCAAGUGGCCAAUUUCUAGCAAAAACAAAUAAACUAAGAAAACUUUAAGAGGAAAACCUGUCAAAUAAAGAACCAAAUGAUACACACCAGAAGAAAACUAUUUUCCACCCCAAUCAAUCAGUCUUUCUAAAAAAAAAAAACAUUUGGGUUGGUAGUCAGACGUGCCAUAAAACUUCUUCAAAAUUAUUUCUGUUGUUUUUUCUAUUCUAAGAAAAUGUCUUUUUCAUGUUCUUCAUGACAUUUGAAAGUGAAGUUUACUUCGUCUGCAAAACUUCCACAAGGCGGAAGGGAGUUGGAUGGGGAAUGGGCCAGAAGUUAAUAUCCCCAGAUAAGAAAAAAAUCCAAGUUUCUUCAACGACAGAACAAUUUGCCGUCCUUUGGAUUCUGUUCACCAUUAUUGUGCUGGGAAACUCGGCCGUAUUGUUUGUAAUGUUCAUGAAUAAGAAUCGCAAAUCACGCAUGAAUUAUUUUAUCAAACAAUUGGCAUUGGCAGAUCUGUGUGUUGGCUUGUUAAAUGUCCUCACCGACAUUAUCUGGCGCAUAACGAUAUCCUGGCGUGCUGGCAAUAUUGCCUGCAAAGUUAUUCGCUUCUCACAGGUGUGUGUUACCUAUUCAUCGACAUAUGUCCUGGUGGCCAUGAGUAUCGAUAGAUACGAUGCUAUAACACAUCCCAUGAAUUUUUCAAAAUCAUGGAAACGUGCUCGUCACCUGGUAGCUGGCGCUUGGAUUGUCUCCGCCCUAUUCUCUUUGCCCAUACUCAUACUGUACGAGGAGAAGCCUGUGCAAGGUCAAACACAAUGUUGGAUAGAAUUUGGAUCGCCUUUGUCAUGGCAAAUUUACAUGAGCCUAGUGGCGACCACACUCUUUGCCUUUCCCGCCCUCAUAAUUUCGGCCUGCUAUGCCAUCAUUGUGAAGACAAUAUGGGCCAAAGGUUCGAUAUUUGUGCCAGCGGAGCGAGCAGGUUUUGGCAACAAUACCACACGAAGAGCCAGCAGUCGAGGCAUUAUACCAAGGGCCAAAGUGAAAACGGUCAAAAUGACCUUUGUCAUUGUGAUUGUCUUCAUAGUGUGUUGGUCGCCGUACAUUAUCUUCGAUUUGCUGCAAGUGUUCGGCCAUAUACCGCAAACGCAGACGAACGUAGCCAUAGCGACAUUCAUCCAAAGUUUGGCUCCACUCAAUUCAGCGGCAAAUCCAUUGAUUUACUGUCUUUUCUCCUCCACGGUAUUUAGGACAUUAAGUCGUUUUCCGCCCUUUAAAUGGUUCACUUGCUGCUGCAAAUCCUAUCGCCACAAUUCCAAUCCCAAUCGCUGUAACACUGUGGGACGCCGCCUGCACAACAGCUGCGAUUCCAUGCGUACCUUGACCACUUCGUUAACAGUGUCCCGCCGCUCCAAUAAGGGCACCACUCGUGUGGUCAUCUGUGAGAGACCAAAAUCGAAUUCUAUCGCCCACAAUGCCAUGUCGGAGGUAUGAUAGCAACAGCAUUGUGCGCGUUGCUCCAGUGUUAUUUUGUAUCGUUCGACGCGCUUUGCCCCCAUGGAAUAUCUUUAGAUGUAAGAUUGCCUAAGUAAAAACAAAGCUUUAAGCAUUUAAGUUGGCAUGGAUAUGAAAAGGAAAACAAGACGCUGUGUGGAGGAUACAUAAGGCAAGGGUUUACUUAAUGAAUCCAAAAGUUUGUCAUAAUAUUUUAAGAUACUCUAUUUAGGUAGGCAUCAAUUGAAGGCAAAAUGAAGAAAAGUUUAAA